AUGGCUCCUGGUCCAGGUUACUCAUAUCCAGCUUAUAGAGACAUUCCCACCGGUCAGAUGGCCCAACCGAGUGGGAUAGCUCCAGGUAGAUUGUCACUGGAUACGAGACCACGACAGCACACUUCCUCUGGUACAUCCGGAGGUAGAUUUUCUGUUGACUCUGGUAUGAGUGAUGAUGCCACGAGGGGUAUCAUACAGAGCGGCGUUGAACGUCCUGUUCCAAUGAAUCUCAUUCUAGAGAGCUACCAGCCAGCUGAUGAGGACAAUGAUGACUUUUUGGUUGACCAUCCAGAUGGGGAUGAGGUUGCAGACGAGGAUGAUGAUGCGGAUGACGAUGAGGACGACGACGAGGAUGAUGAUGAUGGGGGUGAUGGUCCGGUUCAUGAUUCAGCGCCUACUGCAGUUGGUGAUCGAUUAUGUGAUUUGAGUCGUGUCGAUCGGAGAUAA